UGAUCUGAAAUCAGAGUAAAUAAUAUUUAAAUAAGUACAUAAUUUUAUUACUUUAUAAGAAAAAGAAAAACUUUUAAAUAAAAAAUAUCAUAUACUAAACAAGUUAAAGGAAUCAUUUAUUUGCAAUCUACAUUAACAUAAAAGAUCGACAUAAUGCUGGUACUAGUACUUGGUGACCUGCACAUCCCACACCGCUGUAGCAGCCUGCCGCCCAAAUUCAAGAAGCUACUUUUGCCGGGGCGGAUCCAGCAUAUACUGUGCACUGGUAACCUUUGCACCAAGGAGUCAUAUGACUAUUUGAAGACAUUGGCUAGUGAUGUCCAUGUAGUGAGAGGAGAUUUUGAUGAGAACUCAACAUAUCCGGAACAAAAAGUCAUAACAGUGGGUCAAUUCCGCAUUGGUUUGAUCCAUGGUCACCAAGUGGUACCCUGGGGUGAUGAGGAAUCUCUCGCGCUGGUGCAGAGGCAGUUAGAUGUGGACAUCCUUAUAUCUGGUCACACACACAGGUUUGAGGCGUAUGAGCAUGAGAACAAGUUCUAUAUCAACCCAGGCUCUGCUACGGGUGCAUACAGUCCCUUGUACAGGAACGCAACACCUUCAUUUGUAUUGAUGGACAUCCAGAGCUCAACAGUGGUGACGUAUGUGUACAAACUGUUAGGGGAUGAAGUCAAAGUGGAAAGGAUCGAGUAUAAGAAAGCGUAGCCAAAUCUUUUAUAAAUAUGGACUGUAUCCUGAGGGUAGAUACAUACAGUGGAGUGCAGUUGUUUUUUAAAAUAACUACUCAAAGGUAGCUUUAUGUAAGAUGGUUAUGAACAUAAUAUGAUUGAAAUUGGUACACUGAAAAUAAUACAUGGACGUGGUCCAGAGGUGGUGUGACACCACUCUUAUGCCAAAAUAAAUAAAGCGUUUGUCAUCUAGAUAACGUUGCAUGAUGUCUCAACCCAUGGGUUGUUACCGGUUACAUUGUUUUUAACAAAAACAUUUGAAAUUAUUAUGAAGAAAAGUGUGUAAUGAAGGUGUUACUUCAAUUUUUUUUCUUAUAUAGUUUACUAGUGGCACGGGUAGCUUAUUACAAUAUUCGUUGGGAUC